CUUUUCCCCUCUCUCAAAUCCACACCCAACACACAAAUUCAAAGCAAUCUCAGCUUAUUCUUUUCUAUUCCUCUGCUUGAUACUCUCCAAAAUCAAAGCAGCAUUUUUCCUGUCAAAGAUGGCAUCUUUUGUUACUCAAAGUGUGCUUAAAAUUUUCCUUUUGAUCUCUUUGUUUCAAAUCUCUUUGGCUGGAAGGAAGCUGAGUGAACUGGUGCAAGACCAGCCUCAGCUCCUGACAUACCACAAUGGCCCCCUCCUUUCAGGCAAAAUUACAAUCAAUCUGAUUUGGUAUGGCAAGUUCAAGCCUUCCGAGAGGGCUAUUGUUUCUGAUUUUGUCACCUCCCUGUCGUCUACUACACCAUCUCAAAACAACCAACCCUCGGUUGCCAAGUGGUGGAAAACCACUGAGAAAUACUACCACCUCACCUCUAAGAAAUCCACUCUUUCCCUGUCUUUGGGAAAACAGAUUCUUGAUGAGAACUACUCGAUUGGGAAGUCACUCAAAAGCAAACAAAUUGUGGAAUUGGCCUCAAAGGGUGACCAAAAGAAUGCUAUUAACGUUGUCCUAACAGCAUCUGAUGUUGCUGUUGAAGGGUUUUGCAUGAGCCGAUGUGGGACUCAUGGAUCUGCCUUGAGCUCGAGCAAGGGUCACAUUAAGGGUGACAAGUACUCCAAAUUUGCUUACGUUUGGGUUGGUAACUCCCAGACCCAGUGCCCUGGUCAAUGCGCCUGGCCAUUCCACCAGCCAAUCUACGGACCACAAAACCCACCUUUGAUUGCACCUAACAACAAUGUGGGUCUUGAUGGCAUGGUGAUCAACUUGGCUAGCCUAUUUGCCGGGACUGUCACGAACCCUUUUGGAAAUGGUUACUUCCAGGGUCCAGCUGACGCACCAUUGGAAGCUUCAUCCGCUUGUCCUGGAAUUUAUGGCAAAGGGGCUUAUCCAGGCUACGCUGGAAACCUGCUGGUAGACCCUACAACUGGUGCUAGCUACAACGCUCAUGGCGACAAUGGAAGGAAAUACUUGCUUCCUGCUUUGUAUGAUCCUGCUACAUCAUCUUGUUCAACUUUGGUCUAAAAGUUUGAAGCAGUGAUUAGCAAAUUAGUAAUAGAUGUACACGGUUUAUAGAAGGAUGUAAUUCUUUUAUUUGUUAAUUAAUUUUGCUUAUGCGGAUAAUAAUAGAGCAGCAAACGACUUUGGUUUGCUUUUUCUCAUAA